CGAAGGAGCGCUUGGAACCGGGCGGACGGGAAUCCCGGGACCCGGCGGGGGAACUUGCACGGCCUCCGAGCGAGAGUGGGGGUCACCACCCCCGGACAUGGUCCUCUAGGCGGCGUGGGAUGGAGGCGUCGUUGGAGGCGCAGCUGGAGGAGCACCAACCCCUGUCCCCCUUGCACGACCCCGUGCCGACCGAUGGCUCCUUGCGAAAGUACGAGCAGAACUGCAGACUGACGGGGGUUGAAAAGGAUAUUGAGAAACUAUAUGAAGCAGUACCACAGCUCGUUAGUGUGUUUAAGAUUGAGGACAAAAUUGGAGAAGGUACUUUCAGCUCUGUUUACUUGGCUACUGCACAGUUAAAAAGGGGACCUGAAGAAAAAAUUGCUUUGAAGCACUUAAUUCCUACAAGUCAUCCUAUAAGAAUUGCCGCUGAACUCCAGUGUCUUACUGUGGCUGGGGGGCAAGAUAAUGUCAUGGGAGUGAAGUAUUGCUUUAGAAAAAAUGAUCAUGUAGUUAUUGCAAUGCCAUAUCUGGAACAUGAGUCCUUUUUGGAAAUUUUGAAUUCUCUUUCCUUUCAAGAAGUUCGAGAAUAUAUGUUUAAUCUUUUCAAAGCUUUGAGACGCAUUCAUCAAUUUGGAAUUGUCCAUCGAGAUGUCAAGCCCAGCAACUUCUUAUACAAUAGGCGUCUUAAAAAGUAUGCCUUGGUAGACUUUGGCUUGGCCCAAGGAACCCGUGACACAAAAGUAGAGCUUCUCAAACUGGUCCAAUCAGAAGCCCAACAGGAAAGUUGCUCACAAAAUAAAGCUCACAUAGUCAUGGCAAACAAGGUUUCAGUGAGUGUCCCAGCACCAAAAGCGCUAUCUCAGUCAUCCACUCAAACAGCUGUUAAAAGGCCCUACUCACACGCACAAAUUCAGACUAAACAAGGAAAAGAUGGAAAGGAGGGAUCUGUAGGCCUUUCUGUCCAGCGCUCUGUUUUGGGAGAAAGAAAUUUCAAUAUACAAAGCUCUAUUUCACAUGAGAGCCCUGCCGCGAAACUCAUAAAACAGCCUAAACCAAUGGAUAUUACUUCUCGAAAGUUAGCAACAAAAAAGAAGGUUGUUUCUACAAAAACUGUGACCAGCAGCAUAACGAGAAAAACUGCCAGCACUUGCCCAGCUAACCUGACCUGUGACUGUUAUGCAACAGAUCAAGUUUGCAGUAUUUGCCUUUCAAGACGGCAGCAAGUUGCCCCCCGAGCUGGUACGCCUGGAUUCAGAGCCCCGGAGGUCCUGACCAAGUGCCCCAAUCAAACCACAGCAAUUGACAUGUGGUCUGCAGGUGUGAUAUUCCUCUCUUUGCUUAGUGGACGAUAUCCAUUUUAUAAAGCAAGUGAUGAUUUGACUGCUUUGGCUCAGAUUAUGACAAUUCGUGGGUCCAGGGAAACGAUCCAGGCUGCUAAAACUUUUGGUAAAUCGAUAUUGUGCAGCAAAGAAGUCCCUGCGCAAAACCUCAGAACUCUUUGUGAGCGGCUCCGCGGCACUCCCGGACUGGCUGCUGAAGAGCAGGAGGAGCGAGCUCAGGAAGCAGCUCAGUCACUGAGGACUGAGCAGAAAGUGCAGGUCCCUCUCGGUGCGGAGCACGACCGAGACGUCUCAGAGACUGCGAGGAACGAGCCCCCAGCCAGUUUGAAAGGCUGGGAUCACGUCCCCGAUGAAGCGUACGACCUGCUCGACAGACUCUUAGAUCUCAACCCCGCUACGAGAAUAACUGCCCCGGAAGCGUUGGUGCAUCCAUUCUUCAGAGACAUGAGUUUGUGAUCGCGUCGCCUAGUUUGGCAUUUAUUUGGUUAUUAUCUAAUGAGAAAUAAGUUCGUUGUAAUUCCCUUAAGUUUUUGAUUAGACGCCAAACCCUGGUAGGUAAUGGGGGAAAAGAAUAUUUGAUGUCAUAACAAGUACAGUGUUUUCUGUAUUGUCUUCAUGCCAUUUAUCAGAAAACCGCUGGAACUUAAAAAUUCCUGAAGAGAUAGUAGAUGGGUUCCUGGGCUGGUCACGUGACUUGUUUGGUCAGAUCCACCAAGGUAGAGAUAGAAGUGAUUCUUCCCUAACACACUGGACACAAGAAUUCAGGCAUUUAGUUGGUUCGAGAGUUGUCUUUCAAUUGAAAGACCAAGAUGAAAUUGGCCUGAAGCUGCUUUAUUCUUGGGUCCAUGAACGUUAAAAUUAAUAAUAAAAGAAAAUUUGAAUUUGGCAAGAUAUUAAUUUAAAAUUGUCAUAAUUUUUUUCUGCUUUGGAAAUGCCUGUUUUGUGGAAGUAUUUUGUGACAAUUGUUAUCAUUUUCUUGAGAAUCUUUUUUCUUACUGCAUACCCAUGAUUACACAUUUUUUUUGGUGUUUAUAUGAAACCAGGAUCUCAGGGUAUGUUAUUUAGUAAUGAAUGGAAGUAGAUACAUAGUCCAAAAAUGAUGAUAACAAAUGAAAUUAAGUGAGUUAACUCAAAAUGCCAUUUUGAGUUAAUGCCAAGUGAGAGGGCCAGAGGACCAUAAUGAAAAUGUUUUGAGUGUCAUAAUUUUUUCUUCUAAUGAUAGCCAAAGCCAUCUACAUCAUCAUCCUGCUUCUGAAAACCUGCCCCUGCACGUGGCUCCAGGUCAUAAAGAAAAACACUGAAAAAGGCCAGAUGGAAACGACAGGAGAGGGGGAGAGAGGCCCAAGAUCCGCGCCCAUUCUUUUAUUACUUUUCAGCCUUCUUUCUGGGGAUAAUUACAUGCGGAGCUGUUGGCUGGAUUGACAGGGAUGCUACUGCAGGUUAGGCGUCUGUACAGACUAUACCAACUUAGUAGUCAAUGUUGCAUUUAUUUCAUUAGAGACUUCUACAAGAAAGAAAGAAAGGGACCACCUUUUCCUGAGCAAAGAAAUGAAUCUCUCUAACUCAUGACUUAUGUGAUGUAUUUUGUUCCCAAAUAGAUGACUAAGUUCCAGGGGAUUGUUUACAGAAACCAUCGCCUCAUCGAUCUUAGUUUCUUCUCAUGCAGUAAUUCUUUUAAAAAGAAAAAAAAAGAAAAAACCUUUAAAUGUGAAGUUAUAUAUUUGUAUGUCUAUUUAAUAAAGAGUUACUUUUAGUAUU